CCCAGCAGAGGCGCCGGGCACGUUCGCCGCGUGGUCCGACUGUUUACGUCCGCAGAGGCCAAUCACGGGCAAGUGAGCGUCUCGGGACGUACGCACCCCGGGCGGGGAUGUUUUUCUCAGUUUACCACGAUUCCUUCGCUCUGCCCCUGCGCCCGCACCAGGCAGAGUCGGAGGCGCGGUCCCUGCAGGCGCCCCCAGCCGAGUGACCCGCCCGGGGGAGCACGCGGCUGGGCUCAGGUCCCGGGCUUGGCGACCUCGCCGGGUUGUGCCCGAAGGAAACUGGGCAGCAGCCGAGAUUCGUGCCCUGCGGAGCGUGGCGGGCCGCCAGCGUUGUGCAACGUGUUGUUCGGCCACCGGAGUAACAUAGCUCCCGCCUGCCAGGGAUGCCAGAAGGGCCGUCUGUGAGGAAGUUUCACCAUCUGGUCUCUGCCUUCAUGGGCCAGCAGGUGGUCAGGACAGGGGGCAGCAGUAAAAAGCUGUGUCCUGCCAGCCUGCAGUCUCUGUGGCUUCAGGACACACAGGUGCAUGGAAAGAAAUUGUUCCUUAGAUUUGAUGCAGAUGUGGAUACAGAUGAAGAAGUCGGGGCCCCUGGCAGCAGCCCCCGACCAGAACCUCUGCAGAAACGAGCUCGCAGAGAAGCAACCGUGGGCCCAGCGCCAGAGCCCAAUGCACAGAAUACCUGUGACGGAUCCUCCCUGUCCGCAGGGCUGCUUCCCAGGGGCCCUGGUGGUCCUGAUGGGCUGGUGGGGGACAGCCUUACAGCAGGGGCCCCCAGGUGGCUGCAGGUCCACUUUGGUUUGUUUGGCAGCGUCUGGGUGAACGAUUUCUCCAGAGCGAAGAAACCCAACAAGAGAGGAGACUGGAGGGAUCCCAUGCCCAGGCUGGUCCUGCACUUUGGUGGCGGUGGAUUCCUGGCCUUUUAUAGCUGUCAGAUGUCUUGGAGCCUUGCCCCAGCGAUUGAACCCUGCCGUGACAUCUUAUCUGAAGAGUUCCACCGAGGACAGGCUUUGGAGGCUCUGGGUCGGCCGCAGCCUGUGUGCUACACGCUGCUGGACCAGCGAUACUUCUCAGGGUUAGGGAACAUCAUCAAGAAUGAAGCCUUGUACAAAGCCCGGAUCCACCCCCUGUCUCUCGGCUCGCUUCUGAGUGCCUCAUGUCUGGAGACCCUUGUGGAGCACGUGGUAGAGUUCAGUACAGACUGGCUUCGGGGCAAGUUCCAGGGCCAGCAGCGGCGCACACAGGUCUACCAGAAGGAGCAGUGUCCAGCGGGGCAUCAGGUCCUAAAGGAGGCCUUUGGGCCCCCUGGUGGCCUCCAGAGGCUCACCUGGUGGUGCCCACAGUGCCAGCCCCGGCUGCCCCCUGAGGAGCCCCAGCAGCUCCAGUCAUAAGUCUUCAGGGCCCUGUUUCAUGGUCUUGGCCCCUGGGGACUGCAAUCCCUAGGGUGUGGACAGGGACUGGGAGUGGGUAGAGUGCGGGCCAGGAGGUGCUGGUGGUGGUAUUGUUCUCACUGGAGUGAUGUGUGAGGCUUAGAUUCCACAGGGGUAGAUUUUUCCCUGUUCUAGUUCCACUAAUUUUUCGGGUUUUUUUUGGUACCGGGGAUCGAUCAAACUCAGGGCCUUGUGCUUGCAAGGCAGGCGGCGGCACCACUGAGCUAAAUCCCUGGCCCAAUUCUUCCUCAUUCUAACAUUGUGAAAGAUGAAAGAAAUCUUGACAGUCGGUCAAGGGAAAUGACAGUGAGCUGUGGAAACAAACACCUGUGGGAGACAGUUGUGCUCCCAGUGUUGCUUUUCAAGUCUUUUGUUUUGCAAACUUCGGUUGAUUUGAAGGCCUUCCAUUUUGAAGAAUAGGAAAACAAAAUUUUCUUUCCUCACUCCCCUGGAGAGAUCCAGGGAAGACAAAGCUGCAGAUGAGGGUGCUGGGUCAGCCUCCUGCCUGGCUUCUUCCCUUGGGACUAGGGAGACUCCAAAGCAGACAGGUAGGCUGCCCUCCUGGUGUGCCCUCUGGCCUUUAAAGAAAAGCUACUUGCUUACUCCUUUAGCUGCUGUGUUUCUGACUGUUGACAUGUUGAACAGUUCAGGAAUCAAGAUACAAACACUUCAUUAGGUUAUUAGCAAUAGCUAGAUGAAACCAGAACAGUGACCUGAAAUAAAGCUCUUUGUCAUUU